AUGGUGCACUCGUUAUCAAGUCUAGCACUGCUCUCGUUACCCACCUUGCGCCUCGCCCUCGCCCAGUCCAUCUCGUUAUCGCCAGGCACCACGGCUCCCAAUGACGCCUCCGACUACAUCAACCCCUCGUUUGCAGGUUUCGGCAUCGAGCCCUCGAACCUGUUCUCGUUUACCGGGGCCGACACAAUCAACCAGUUUUCCGUCCAGUUAUUACAGAACCUCGCCGACUAUGCCGGCGCCCCGCCGCAUCUGCGCAUUGGUGGAAACACGCAGGAUUACAUGAUUUUCAACAAUACUAACCAGCAGUUUGCUUGGUUGAACAAUAAAAACUCUCAAGCUCAGGGCGCAAUUGCCGCGGAUUCCAUGAUCAUCGGGCCAAACUACUUUGCCGCCAUUGACAGAUUUCCAAAGGACUCGCCCAUUACUUUUGGUCUCAACAUGGCCUACAUGGACAGUGACUACCAGGACGAUAUUAUCAACAUGGCACAGGGAGCCAUCGACGGCCUGAAGAACACCAAGCUCUAUUCGUUCGAGGUGGGCAAUGAGCCAGAUCUGUGGCUCCAGAACCAAUUCCGCGCGGCGCCUUGGAACGGCCAGGUGUAUACGAAUCAAUGGCUAGACCGCUGCAGCAUUGUAUAUGAGAACGUUUUGAAGAAUGCCGGUCUGCCGUCGUCGUUUUUCGAGGCUCCCGCUACUGCUUCCACCAUCGGCACAACCUUUGAGAUCAAGCAGCUCAUCAGCGAUGGCAUCAUGGACGGAAAGGACGGAAACAACUUCCUGGCUACAUGGAACCAGCACGACUACUUUUACUUCAUUGGAGUCACACCAACACCGCUCACCCUCAACGACCUCAUGGACCUCGACGCCACAAAUACACAAUUCGCAUACUGGGAGAAGCAGGUUGGCAUCGCUCUCGACACAAAACUCCCCUAUGUUUUACGAGAGAUGAGUUCCGUCGGACCAAUCGGUAUGCCUGGCGUCAGCGACGUAUUCGGUGCUUCUCUCUGGACCCUGAAUUUCUUCCUCUAUGCAGCAUCGAUCGGCAUCUCGUCUGUGCAGAUGCACAUGACAGACAACUCAAACGCCAGUGCAUGGCAGCCUAUUCCCAUGUACGGCCGCCAGACGUCCUUUGUGCGACCGCAGUACUAUGCUCAUGCUGCCGUUGCACAAAUCAUCGGCAACGGCAACGGAACAACACAAAUCUCCACGCUCAAGACGAACAAUGUCGGUGCUUCAUACGACGGUCGCAUUCGCUCAUACGCGGCAUACGCGAAUGACAAGCUCCAAUCAGUCACCCUUAUCAACGCCAAGCAGGCAAACGCCUCGGUAUCCAACAAGGGCAGCUUCACAUUCAACCUCAACCUCGGUUCCGACAAUGCAAACAAACAAGUCUUCGUUUCCUACCUCACAGCCGAUGGCGCAGACUCGCAAACGGGCGUUACCUGGAAUGGAAUGUCCUACGAUGACGUCACAGGCAUAUCUUCAACUACGGAGAACACAGUCACAGUCGCCACAACUGAUGGUUCCGGCAAGGUCGGUAUCCCCGUUCGCGACUCACAGGCCGCGGUUGUCAACAUUGGGUGGCAGCUAGGUGUCAACGCCGUCCUCAAGCCCGACGGCACGCAGUCGAAGAAAAGUAAUGCUGCUUCGUCUUCCAUCGGCGGUGCAAACUACGCCGUUGCAAGUGGUGUCCUGGCCAUGUUGUGGACUUUGAUCAUGGCGUAA